AUGGAUGAAUUUGUCAAGUUUACCGUGGAAUACAAGAGUUUGUCUCAGAAACAAAGUUAUGUUAAAUUUGAAAUAAAUGAUUCCUUAAUGUUCACCAUUAGUGAAUCAGCAUUAAGAUCCAACGGGUUAAUCGGAUCACGAAAAAUUACUAAAGAACCAAUGUCAAUUAUAUUCAACAUGGGGUUAUCAAAAAUUUGGAAUCCUAAGCUACAAGUUGAAGAUUUACAAUUGCCAGCAAAAUUUUACAUUGAUUAUAUAAGGAUCUAUCAACCAUCUGAUGCUAUUGAUUUAACUUGUGACCCCGAUGAUUUCCCAACAAGUGUAUAUAUUCAAUCCCAUGCGAAUGCAUACACGAAUUGGGAAUUAAAUACUUGGAAUGAUGCUGGUUAUGAAUUCCCUAGGAACUCUCUUGAGAAUAAAUGUAGGUCCCCAAGUAUGUUUGGGCCUAGUUGA